AUGGUUCCUCGAAAGAACGCGCAGUCAACCGCGGCCGAGCUCGCGCUCGUCCACCUGAAGAGCUGCCUCGUCAAUCUCCCUCCAUCCCUGGUCUCACUUUUAGUCAACGUCAAUACUCCCGUCCAGAAUGUUGUUGUUGAACUUAGCUAUCGGCCCUCGCCGACGAGCGGGCCGUCGGGUUCUGCAGCUCCGCAAUCUGUCUUUGUGGGAUGGACGGGCAUGCCCAGCAAGCGAAGAGCGGCGCCACUCGUCGGUCGGGAUGGCCUGACAGGCUCGAGGGGCUCAUCCCGCGACCAGGAGAUACAGAUGGUCGAGCUCGAUGCAACAUUGGCCAACGCUCUGGGCCUCGCCGAGGGCCAAAAGGUUACCGCGACGGUACAUGUCGACCCUCCGAUUGCGCACACGAUCAACAUCGAACCCUUGACUCCAGAAGACUGGGAGAUCAUCGAGCUGCAUGCAACCUUUCUCGAGCUCAACUUGCAGUCGCAAAUCCGGGCGCUGCCGAACCCAGCGUAUAUGCUGAACAGCAGCACGCCCGUGCCUCCCCAUCUGCUUACCCUCCACCUGUCUCCAACAUCUACCGCGAACAUAAAAGUUGUGUCGCUCGAUCCUGCGCCGCCGGCGGACGUCCCAUUUGUGAAACUCUCACCCAACGCUGAGGUCAUCGUUGCGCCAAAGACGAGGCCGAAGAGCUCUCAAAGCACUGGCGAUCAUCGCAGUGUGGCGAGCACAUCGAAAUCGAGGCGUAGCGGCGCCAGUACCGUUAGGAGACGGAGUGCAAGGGAAGAGCCGCGGCCGACAAUGUUCCUUCGAGCCAUAGACAAGGCUGCCUGCAACGAAUGGUUUGACGAGGGACCUAGUUGCACCGACCUCAGUGUAUGGGUCGACCGCAACCUGCUGUUCUCCAACUCCUUCCGAGGUAUAAACUACGCAGUUGUCGACGUCAUAAAGCCUGCUGGAUUGCAGAAGCCGCAGCCAGAGGAUGGCUCUACGCCAGCAACAAGUCUCGCCACCUCCAAGGUGGUAGCGGCAUUGAAGCCAUGGGACGACCCGCCUAAUGGCCAAACUGCCGCCCUCUCGUCACCUCUUUGCGCAGCACUGGGUUGCAGCGGCAUCGUUGGUGGCGUUGUCAAGAUCCAGGCCGCUCCGCAGCAGCUGCAACGCGGCAAUGUGCAGCAGAUCAAAGUCUUUCCCUUUGCAUCCAGCUCACAGUCGACCACAGGCUUGAAAUUCGGCAGCGAGACCAAGGCCGAGAAAGAAGAAUCUGCAAAACGUUUCAGGCAUAUGUACAGCGGACCUAAGGGUCUUGAUGGUCUGCUUCAUGGCCCUAUGACGGAUGGCAUAGUUGUUGGAGUCUAUGACGGACUAGAAGCUCCACAAGGUUGGGAAGGUGGUAUCGUCAGAUUCGAGUACAGCGCCGAUUUUGCGUCACAGGAAAAGCCGAAGGGUGCGACUUUGUGGAUGUCGAGCGUGGAUCCAAAAAUUCCGAUCGAAUUCCAGCAAGCCCAACCUAGACCACCCUGGAUGGCUGAUCCCGAUGGACUCGACUUGCAGCCGGCGCAUGACUCGCUACUCGUCGGUAUUGAUUCGCUGCUCUCUAAUCUUCAAUCCCAUCUCGCACACAUCUCCUCCGUUCUCUUGACCGGCACGAUGGGGUCCGGCAAGACCAGUGUCGCAAAGCAUCUUGCGGAAAAACUACGCCAAGAAAGUCUCUUUUAUACUGUCUACUACCCCUGCCGGAAACUGGUCAACGACGAAACUAGGAUAUCGACAAUCAAAGAAACCCUCAAUCGCGUAUUCAUGUCAGCGAGUUGGGGCGCGAGGCUUGGAGGCAAAGCCCUCGUGGUCCUUGACGACCUCGAUCGACUUUGCCCGGUAGAAACUGAGCUUCAGGUCGGCAAUGACAACGGCCGCAGUCGACAGAUUAGCGAGACGAUCCGCUCCAUAGUGCGCCAAUACUGCACACGAGACAGCAACGUUGUCCUGCUCGCUACCGCCGAAGGAAAAGACUCCAUGAACAACGUUGUGGUCAGUGGCCAUGUCGUCCGAGAGAUCAUUGAGCUUAAAGCGCCCGAUAAGGAAGCAAGACGGAGAGUCAUGGAAUCCAUUGCCAGACAGGGUGCUGUGAUUGCGGAAGAUGGGAACGACGCCGUAAGCGAUUAUAGCCGGCCGCCAACGUCGGAUGGCAGUGCGCUCGCUGAUGACAGCGAUGCCUGGAUGCAUGGCUCGGAUCGGCAGCAGACGAACGCCACGGACGGUGGCUUCAUUCUCGAUUCGAGUCUCGACUUUUUGGACAUCGCGGGAUUGACUGAUGGUUACAUGCCUGGAGACCUGACUGUGCUUGUUUCGCGGGCUAGGAACGAAGCCAUCAUUCGCUCCAUCAGCGACUCUCCAUCAGAUGCCAACGGCCCAGUCCGUCUUGCUCGAGAGGACUUCGAUAAGGCGCUCAAAGGUUUCACCCCUGCAUCUCUCCGAAAUGUUCCCCUUCAGAGUUCCACAACCACAUUCAAGUCUAUCGGAGGCCUACAGGAGACUCGAAAAGUCUUGCUCGAAACUCUCGAGUACCCGACCAAGUAUGCUCCUAUUUUUGCGCAAUGUCCUUUGCGCUUGCGAUCUGGUCUCUUGUUGUACGGCUACCCCGGAUGCGGCAAAACUCUGCUUGCCAGUGCCGUUGCUGGCGAGUGCGGCCUCAACUUUAUCAGCGUCAAGGGCCCUGAGAUCCUAAACAAGUAUAUUGGCGCCUCUGAAAAGAGUGUCAGAGACUUGUUUGACCGAGCGCAGGCGGCGAAGCCUUGCAUUCUCUUUUUUGACGAGUUCGACUCCAUCGCACCUAAGAGAGGUCAUGACAGCACGGGAGUGACGGACAGAGUGGUGAACCAACUUCUCACCCAGAUGGAUGGUGCUGAAGGGCUGUCUGGCGUCUACGUCCUGGCGGCGACGUCUCGUCCUGACCUUAUUGACCCUGCGCUGCUUCGCCCCGGUCGUUUGGAUAAGUCUUUGCUCUGCGACAUGCCAGCUGAAGAGGACCGACUUGACAUCAUCAAGUCCCUGUUUCAGAAAGUCCGGCUAUCCGCCGAGCUCACCGAGUCAGACAAUGCGCUCACGGAAGUGGCCCGUCGGACGAAGGGUUUCUCGGGAGCCGACCUUCAAGCGCUCGUCUCUAACGCGCAACUUGAGGCGAUUCACGAUGUGCUCGACGUCAGUGCACCUCGCCAGGGCUCCGGCAGCCAUUCCAACCCCAAGAGCUCUACACCCAGCUUUGUCCAGUUUCGGUACGGCGCAGAAUCUGGCAAAUCAAACGCAAAUGGGGUCGUCCCGCAGAGCAAAUCUGCCGCGCUCAUCGAGAACGCUGCCAUCAUGUCAAAGCUGGAGCAGAUCAAACUUACCCGCAAGAAAGCCAAGGAGGCGCGUAAGGGGCUUCUUCACGGCGCUGCUCCUGACGUCGAGACGAAAGAAGAGCCGCAGCAUAGGGAGGUUGUCAUCGAAUGGUCGCAUCUGGUCAAGGCGCUCGACAACACGAGGGCCAGUAUCAGCUCAGAGGAAAGGGCUCGACUAGAACGCAUCUAUCGGGAGUUCGUCGUGGGUAGGAGCGGGCAGAUGAAGGACGGCCAAGGGAGCAUGGAGAUCGUGUAUUGA